AGAGAUGAGUGAAAAGCAAACUUCUCCAUAAGAUUUUGUUGGUUAUUUUUGUGUCUCAAAUUUGCUUGGCUAUAAUUUUGACGUAGCCUACACACCAGGAAAAUCUUUUGGGUCAAUUAUGACAUAGUGAGCUCUCGUCGAGCGUCCACGAAAGCAGCAACAUGGGCCAGCGGUUAAGCCAGGACUGUGCCCUCUGUUGGGAUCCGGAGGAAGCGUCUAGGCAAAUACGGAGUAAGAAGCAACAAAAGGCAGCGCUGCAGAAGUAAUUUCUAUAUUCAGACAAGAAGCUGAGAAGUACUUCUAUUUGUUUCUGAUAUAGCUGUUCACCCUCACUGAAUGAAUGAAUGUUCUUUUGAGAUUACAUCUGUGGUUAUCUUAAUCCGCACUGCGUUGUAAAGUACUUACCAUGACGAGUUCAGCUCGGUGUAAGUUUUGCUUCAAAGUUGGCCGGUAGGGGUCAAACCUGAAGUACAUGACCAUGACCAUGGAGAAUAUCAUGAAGCAAGUUUUUACUCUCCCGAAAGGUUAAGGACAACCCUUCUAUGUAAGUGUCAGUCUCUACUCUAACCUAACCUCUCUACUCUGGUUAAUAAACGUCAAGUGCGUCUGAUUACUUCAGAACAACAACAAACCACUGCUCAGCAGGUACGAGGAUCUCCUCGCUGCAGUGGAGUAUGGCGCAGAUGCUAGAACGAUAGAGGAGGAAAUAGCGAAACACGAUGCUUACUGCAAUGGGAAGGGAGCUGAUUGGAGGAGAGAAAUGGAGUCCAGACCUCAAUUCGCAGAAGUACAAGCGAAGAGAGCGAAAUUGAGGAUAUAGCAUAAUGUUUGCGGAAAGCUUGUUAUGUCACACCAAUGAAUUAGACAUACUGCUUGCCUGGCACAUCAAUCAAUCAAUAGCAACAUCUUAAAAUCUUGUUUUUCUUCAAGCAGACCUUGCCACACCAUGCCCUCGCAUGAUCCCAGACUCCUUUACUUGAAGCUCUUUGUGCAUGAUGUUCCGUUGUCAUCUGGGCAUCUGGUCUGGCACAUUUGUCAAAAAAUCGCAAUCUAUCAACACGUCAAUCUCUCAUUGAACGCAUCAAUCUCUCAUUGAGCGCAUCAAUCAUAGUUCCCCCAUGUCAUAAUCUCCGCGCACACACACCCAGCGCAGCAGAACCGGAAGAAAUUUUUGAUCAUCUUUGUCCCACAUUAACAGCGACUCUGUUGUGUUGGCCCUCAGCAAAAUUCCCACCAGUGACGUGGAUCAAAGGCAUUCCUAGCCCAGCUAUAUUACUCAGUUCUACAACUGCGCAGCGUGGGUUAAC